AACAGGAGGCGGAACGUGCUCAAGUUCGGGCGGCACAGAUGAGCUGGACAAGUAGGCACUACGAAUUCCGUUUGCCCCCCCAGUCGUUGUUAACACGUCAAGCCGAGACAUUCGAUUUCGAAAUAAGCCCCGCCCGAUACCACAUCAAAAUUGUUAGUACGAACUGAGAGCGACGGAUCGAAGAAGAGUUUGAGAUUUGCCUAGCCAAAGUACUGAAAUUAUGCCCAAGUCCAAGCAAAGAUCGCCAAGGAAAGCGGUUGCAAUGCCGCUUAGCACAAGACAGCCACGGCCCAAAGUCAAAAGUGCUGGCAAUACCAAGUCGAAAGUGCUGCAGAAGUCCGUGAAGAAGUCCCUUAAGAACCCUCUCAAGAAACCCCUUAGACGAUCUCCGCUGAUGCGAGCCGCCCUGCAACCCACAGUUUUGGGCUUGGCCAAGGUAAGGCCGGUGAAACGGCCGCGUGUGACCGUCAAGAAGUCGCAUCCUCAGCCGCUGGACGCCCUGCAAUCCCUGGGCAUGUCCCGCAGGACCAAACUCAUAGAUGCCCGACCCCAGAGGUCGGCCGGCGGUACUUCGGUGCUGUUUCUGGACAAGGAUUCAAGGGUCCAAGGAUCCAAGACGGCCAAGCAUAUGAAGCCCUCAGCGGCAGCAAGCGAUAAAAAUCAAGUAACCCGGUUGAAAAGACGGAUCGAGUCCCGAAGGAUGAUAAAAGACGAGACUAGGGCUACCGACGGUGUGAACUUUUUCUGCAAUCUCGGCGUUAAGAAAGUUGACUCGCCGUCGCCAAGGAGGGAUCAACAAGUGCGAAAACGAGGUGAAGCGGAAUUUGGGGCAAGAUUGGCAGCUGGAGAAGGAACUAGAAUGCGUGACAGCGAUUUGCAGGGACCAGCGAGAACCCAUCCUUCUGGUCUGUCAUCCCUAGUCGGUAGAGUCGCCGGCAUCGGUGCGUUCGCCAAUGAUGUGGUGGUUCCGCUGUCCAGUCGACUGCCCAUCAUCGACUUUAUCUCCACCAAAGAGUUCCAAAUUAUGUCUGCCGCUUCGAAGCCAAAAUCGCAUCCUCGGCAAAAAAAUACCCACUUUUAGACGACCAACGAGUGGCGAGUGUUUAAUGAUUAGUGACGAGUGGACAUGAAUAUACCUUUCAGAAGUGGUUUGCGGCUCAGACUUCCUUUAAGUCUCAAGAUUAAUUUAUCCGUGAAUUGAAUGGACUAAACUAAUUUUUUUUGCCAAAUGUAGUGAAUGGACUUGUGUAGGUUGCUACCAAGAAGCCUUAAAUUGUUAAAUAUAUUUACUUUCAGACAUGCAAAUUUCACAUUAAGCAAAGCAUCGUUCAAAUUAGAUCGAGUAACAAAUUCCUCAACAAAGUAUCCAGCAAUGUCAAAUAGUAACGAGAGGAACCUAAAAGGGAUCAACUAAGACUUACAGUGUAUAGGCUGAGAAAUAAACGUGAUAUUCAAUCGAAGGUUCCUUUGGAAAUCCUGAUAUGGAUAAUGGAUUCAGUAAUCAACGACUCUGGCAUUUCGGAACAAAAAACUUCUUUGCACAAGUUUGAAGCGAACGCGAAACAUUUUCAUUUCGGUUGGUUUAUUUGGACAUACCAGAAAUACA